AGCUGUAGACAGUGGAAGUACAAGUUGCAGUGUUGGUCAGUGCGUCUAUACAAUAAAGAGGUAAAGAGAUAUUGGCUAAUGUUGCUAAUGUUAGUGUUAAACCUUAAACAAUCUCUUAUGUUUGUGUAUUUUUACACAUUAGUGAAGAAAUUGGCUUUUAAAUCGAUCAUUUCAUGCUGCUAAAAGUUUCUGCUGGAGCACUGAUCAGAAGCACUUUGACUAGUUGACUGCUGGAGAGACACCCACCCAAGGGAGAUACAGGGAGAUAUUUCACACUCUGCGUCAAUCAAACAUCCCUGCCUCGUCAUCCACUAAAAAGGCAUGGACUUCACCAACACCACAGGUCCCCGCAGUAACCAGACAGACCUCAGCAGUGUGUUCACGCGGCAGGUGCUGCCCGUGCUCUACCUGAUCAUCUGUGUGGUGGGGCUGGUCCUCAACAGCCUGGCAGCCUGCAUCUUCUUCCGCAUGUCCAGCUCGUCGGCGCUUAUUGUCUACCUGAAGAACAUGAUGAUGGCCGACCUGCUCAUGCUCCUCACCUUCCCCUGGCGCAUCAUCAGCGAGGCCGGUCUCGGCGGGCGCCUCCUGAAGGAGCUCACGUGCCGCUACACGGCGGUGGUCUUCUACCUCAGCCUGUACGCCGGCAUCCUCUUCAUGGGCCUCAUCAGUCUGGAGCGCUACGUCAAGAUCGUCCACUCCUCCUGCUCUUCCUCCUCCUUGCCCUACGCGACCUCCAUCUGGUCAUCGUCCUCCUGCUCGUCCCUCCUGCGUCACGCGAGGUUCGCCCGCGCUCUCUCCCUGCUGGCCUGGCUGCUGCUGCUGCUCUGCAUGCUGCCUAACUCCUUCCUGAGCAACAAGCCUCUGCCAGCCAGCAGUCAGUGGAGCUGCAUGAAGCUGAAGAGCAGCCUGGGCAUAGAGUGGCACCGCAUCUCCAGCCUGCUGAGUGUGGGCAUCUUCUGGGCCACGCUGCUGCUGCUGGCGUUCUGCUAUGCUUCCAUCGCGCACCGUGUCUACCGCCGGAUGGGCCGCAGUGGCAACCAGCAGGUGCGACGCAAAUCCAACCGCAGCAUCCUCAGCAUCCUUGCCGUGUUCUUUGUCUGCUUCGUGCCGUACCACGUGUGCCGUGUGCCCUACACUCUGAGCCAGAAGAGUGACUACGGCUUCUCUGACAGGAGUCGCUUCAUCCUCUUCCAGGCCAAGGAGGCCACGCUGUUCCUGGCGUCGCUCAACGUGUGCCUGGACCCCAUCAUUUACUUCUUAAUGUGCCGCACGUUCCGCGAGUCGCUGCUGCCGAAGCUGCCCUGCUGUGCACAGCCGAAGCAGCAGCCCACCAGACGGAGCUCUGUCUCAAAUGGCGGUAGCAUCAGCACCGUGUGAAUGGGGCACACACUGAGUAAGACUAAAGACCAAAGACUGAAGGAGAAUGAGACACAGAGAAAAAAAAAGGGAGUGUAACUGGUCAGAGAAUGCAGCGGAGAGAGAAAACAGAGAAAAGGAGAUGGAAGAGGAAAGGAGAUGGAGAAGAAGAGAGAAAGAGAGAUGGAGUGGCACAUAGCGAGGACAAGGGAUCUGCCAGUUUCAGUUUGCAAGUCAGCUAAAGAGAAAAGCAGAAAUCAAUCAUGCUUCUGCUCCUGUAUUUCCUGGCAGACAGAACAGGUUGAGUCACACACAUUCACAUUCACACGCACAAACCAGGAAACAAAUAGAGUGGCAUUUGGCUCAGAACAUUACUAUGUUUUUUAAGAUGCUUUGUAAGACUCUUUAAAGCCUGUUCCUGCUGCGAUGAAAUAUUGUAUUGAACUAUUAUUCAGUUGUUUUUAGCUAACAAAAGAACACAAAAGGACAUUUCAACAUUUCAUCUGAUUGUUCUUUGAUACAUACCCCAGCAUUUUAAUCCCACAUACACAUUGCUUGUCUCUAAGAUCCCCCACCUCUCAAAGAACAAAUGUGAACCCAUGUAAAAACAACAUGACAUAUUUUUAAGAUAAAAUGAAAAACAUCCUUUAACAGAGUUGAACAUCUACAGGUCAGGUUGGUGCCACAGCCUUUAGCAAAUCUGCUAGCAUUGCUACAUAGCAGUGUCAGUGACCUAGUCCAGAUGGAUGUUAUGUAAUCAGAAGCUGCUCUAGGCUGAAGGUUAAGGAAGAAACAGGGGGAGUCUGUGGCAGGGUGCAUUUCCCUCAAAAAACACACACCACAGGAGGAUACUGUGCAGGGUGCGCACAGACACUGCUCGCUCGCACGCAUAUGUUUACAGAUACCAUAAAUACAAUUAUGAGCAUGCAAGCACACACACACACACACACACACACACACACACACACACACACACACACACACACACACACACACACACAGGAUGCACUGCUCACACCCACAUUCUUUAUUUGGAGAGCUCACACAUUCCAAAUUCAGACACACAAACACACACACACACACACAAUGGAACACCGGAACUGUGAAAAAACUGUUGGUUGGAAGUAUGUGCACUGCCAUCGACAGUGGAGGACUUUAAGCCAUAGUGAAAUCCAAUUUUGUAUGUCUUGUUGCGUUAAUUAAUGUAAAUGAAACAUGCUCUGGUCAAUAUGUGUGUACGUGUAUUGUGUGGAUUAUUGUGUAUUUGGUGUGUAUGUGUGUGCUUGUGGGCUACAGCUACAGAACUAAGCCUUUUGGACCUGUUUUCACACCUGUAGCUCAUUUGCUCUGUGCUAUAGCUCAUUUGCUCUGGUGUUUUCACACCUAUAGCUAAUUCGCUCUGUGCUAUCACACCUAUAGCUCAUUUGCUCUGGUGUUUUCACACCUAUAGCUCAUUUUCUCUGGUCCGAAUCACUUGAUAAGUUUGUAAACUUGGAACAUUUUGCCUUUUGUUCGGUUUCUUUUACAGAGAAAGAUCCAGGCAAACUAAAAUGCAUCACUACAAACCACAUGAAAUCAUUCACUCCAUUUACUGGUCAUAUGUGUCUGGGGGAGCAAAACAGUAAAUACAGGAAGAAGGUCCUGUGUUCUGGACUAGUGCCUACAGGGAGGGGGAAUGAAAAACCUAUACCCCUAGUUGAUGGUUUAAAAAUAUAUAUAUAUUUAUGAUAAUAAAUACGCCUGUCCUGCUCUUG